AUUCAUUUACGUCAUUGCUAUCAAGGUGGAAGUUGGAACGAAGUAACGAUUCGCCGAUUUUAAUUAUUUGUGAAUAGCCGGUGAAAUUGAAGAUUAAUUUCUUGUAUUCUAAUUGAUAUUGAUUAAUUAACAUUUUAAAAUGCCUGUCAAAGCUGUCUGCGUGCUUAAUGGUGAUGUAAGCGGCACCGUGCUUUUCGAUCAGAAGGAUGAUAAGUCUCCUGUAGUUGUAACUGGAGAGGUCAAAGGUCUUUCUAAGGGUAAGCAUGGUUUCCACGUCCACGAGUUCGGAGACAACACCAAUGGCUGCACGUCCGCGGGGCCUCACUUCAACCCUUUGAAACAGGAGCACGGAGCCCCCAAUGCUAGCGUGAGGCAUGUGGGUGAUCUGGGCAACAUUGAGGCCAACAGUGAUGGGGGUGUUACUAAAGUGUGCAUCCAAGAUUCGCAGAUUUCCCUCAGCGGACCCCACAGCAUUAUCGGCCGCACUUUAGUUGUCCAUGCUGAUCCAGAUGAUCUUGGUGUUGGUGGCCACGAACUGAGCAAGAGCACUGGCAAUGCUGGAGCUCGUAUCGCCUGCGGAGUCAUUGGUUUGGCCAAAGCUGAAUAAAUUAAAAAAAAAAAAUAGCGCCUGAAAUUGGCGCCAAACUGAACAAAUAGUGUUGCCAGUACCAAUUUUGUCUAUAGUUUGUAGUCUAUGAUAAAUUCGUUAAUAUUUUGAUGUGUGUGGAAUGAUAAUUGAUAUAACAGGGUGUUGUGUGGAAUAUAUUAUCAAAGAUUGAUAGUAUGUGUGAUGAAAUUGAUAUUGGCAACAUUUUAAAAAUUUGAUGCGUAAUCAAAGAUAUUUUAAGCAUAAUCUAAAUUAUAAACUACUUAUAAUUGGUGUGUUUAGCAUUCCCUGAAAUCUCGUGUUUCAGAUUUUUGUUAUUUUGGUGCAGGGAUAUAUUGUAUUUAAAUCCUGUCUGCCAUAUUCUUGUUUUGUUUACUAAAUAAAUAUUAUGGAACAUAA